CUGUUCAAAAAGUUGAUUCGGCUUUAUGUGGUGAUGCUGUAUCUCAAGGCUUCAUGCCAUAUCGCCUUGAUGAAUAUAUUCAGAGGCAUCUGUACGUGAGAACUCUGUCGAGGGAUUUGCUCCAGUUGCAGCUAGAUGAAGGCACAUACUUGAAUUCAGAUGUUACACUGUCUUCUGAUGAAAUUCUCAAACGCCAGGUACAGCUGAAAGAAUCUGAAGAGAGCGAAGCAGCAGCCCAUGAAGAGAUUCAGCAAUGUAGACAUGAGCUCACGAACCUGAAUAUUGUUAAGGGACAACUUGAAUUAAUCGUGGCUUCUCAGAAACAGGAAAUUGACGCUAGCAACAUCAAAUGUGAACAGGUGGAGAUCGAGUUGCAGUCCUCCAAGGAGAAUGCACAACAAAUUUUGAGUGAAUUAGCUGACUGCCAAUCAUUGCUGGAAGCUCUACAAAAGGAGAACAUAGAGCUAACAUAAAACCUUGCUCUUGAGGAAAAAACCAGAAAACAGGUCGAGGCGCAGCAAGAACAUCU